ACAACCCGGUUUUACUCCACGACCGGCUCCGACGUCUGACCACCUCCUCGUUCCCCCAAAUCUCUCUCCCUCUCUCUCUCGAGCGGCCUGCGAAUUUUUUCCAAUUCUCCGUCCCGGAAGGCGGUAACGGCCCGGAGAUCCGGCGGCUGGUCUUCCCGGCGAUCGUCGCCCGAGAUGGUGUCUCCGGAGCACACGAAUUGGAUCUACGACUGCGGCCUCAUCGACGACAUCGCCGCCGUGGCCGACGGGGAUUUCCAGGUCUCCGGCUCCGGGUACACGUGGCCCGUCCAGCCCCUCAACGGAUCUUCCAUCUUCAGCACGGAAAUUGAUGGUUCCUUUGGGGAGUCAGAUGGAGUGAAGGAAAAUGGCUCAAAAAAGAGGGUUAGAACUGAAUCAUGCGGCACUUCUAGUUCCAAGGCAUGUAGGGAGAAGUUGCGCAGAGAUAGACUAAAUGACAAGUUUUUGGAAUUGGCAUCUCUCCUUGAACCUGGAAGGCCUCCUAAGGCUGACAAGGCCGCUAUAUUGAUAGAUGCUGUUAGAAUGGUGACCCAGUUGCGUGGUGAAGCUCAGAAAUUGAAGGACUCGAACAGUAGUCUGCAAGAGAAAAUCAAAGAGUUGAAAGCUGAGAAAAAUGAGCUUCGUGACGAGAAGCAAAGAUUGAAAGCCGAGAAGGAGAAGUUGGAACACCAAUUGAAGGCCACAAGUGCACAACCUAACUUCUUGCCUCCACCUCCCGCAAUGCCUGCGGCAUUUGCCACCCAAGGCCAGGCCCCCGGAAACAAGUUGGUGCCUUUCCUUGGUUACCCUGGUGUUGCCAUGUGGCAAUUCAUGCCUCCAGCGGCGGUCGAUACCUCACAAGAUCAUGUUCUCCGCCCACCAGUUGCUUAAGUUGCAACAUUGGAUCAUAUGGGCUGGCUUUCAUUUGGUCCUCAAUAUUUGAAUCAGUUUGUCAUGUUUAUUGGCUGUUUUAGCUUUCGCUGGAAGUGUACUGACUUCUUUUUGUUGGACGAGUACCAUGUGUACAAUCAGAACUAUCAUGACUUAUGAUGGUUUCACUUGUAAAUUUCGCCAAUUUCUCUAAUGUAGCUAUUUUCCAAGUUCUAUUUC